AUGACCGAACCUGACCGGCGUAAACGCCGCCGUCUAGCCAAGUCCUGCGAGCAAUGCCGACACCGCAAAGUCCGCUGCGAUCGUACUGCGCCUUGCGGUCCUUGUACGCGUGCACGGGGCUCAUUGAGCUGCUCGUAUCGCAAUACCGCUGCUACUGCUGCUGUUACUACUGCCCCUGCUGCUACUGCAUCUCUAUCGCCUAUUCGGACAUCACGUCCGCAUGGGCCUGGAAAUCAUCCCACACCGAGCUCUAAUGCCGAUGUGGAAAUUGGGUCAUCGCGGGAGAGCUCGCAGGGAGCUGGGUCUCCGGGUGUAAAUACUGAGGGUUCAUCGAUCAGUGAAAUUCGGGUUCGUUUGCAGCGCCUGGAAGAUCUGGUCUCGCGUCAGGGAGAUACUUCGGCGUCGGAUCGGGAUGGAACGUUGCAGGAGCUAAGUAGUCGUCUUCAAGGGAUCGAAGAGCGGUUGUCUAAGGGCUCGUUGUCUGAGAAGGUGCAGGGAGGCGAAAAGGAUGGACUAUGUAUUGAUGCUGUGCAUCCGCGUCUACAUGCUUCGUCUAGUAAGAUGAAGCUGCUGGGACCGAGUCACUACUCAAACACUAUUGAUAAGCUCCAAAUCAACCAUGUCAUACAAUCUCAGGAGCCAGACUCUGCAUUUCAAACCCUUAAAACCGACCUGAUGACCCGCAUCAAAGAAUGUCGCGGAAUUCGACACGCCGUUAAAGCACGGCAAUCUUUCCAGCCUAACGAGCCAGUCCCAGACGUGCAGACGAGUAUCCCAACACGUCAGAUCUGCGAUGAACUGGUUGACGGCUAUCUGCGCACCUUCGAACCCAUCUAUCGCAUCCUGCAUCUCCCGUCCUUCUGGCGCGAAUACCACCACUUCUGGGCCCGGCGCUCUUCCUCAUCACCUACUACCUCUACUGCCUUCCUCAUGAAACUCGUCCUCAUCCUGGCCAUCGGUACUGUCUUUCAUCCGCAGCGUGGAAAGUCCGGCACCGACCACGACGUUCAUAUCAUACAGACCUGGACCCAUGCCGCGCAGUGGUGGCUAAUUGGGCCGUCGGAGAAAGUCACCCUAGGGCUUGACGGAAUCCAGGUCUUCUGUCUGUUACUCAUCGCGCGACAGAUCAACGCCAUGGGCGCCUCGCCGUGGCUCUCGGCAGGCUCGCUUAUGCAGAGAGCCAUGACGAUGGGACUUCAUCUAGACUCGAGGCACUUUCCAGCCCUAUCGGUCUUUCAAUCCGAGAUGCGGGCUCGUCUGUGGGCAACGAUACUCGAACUUGCGGUCCAGGCUUCAAUGGACUCAUCUAUUCAGCCCCUUCUCAUCCCAGAUUUUGAUACACAGCCACCGUCGAACUUGAACGAUGUCGAUUUCGACCCGGACCCGAAUUCCUCAUCUUCUCCUCCGGUCCCAGCGAGACCGACCGCCGAGAUGACGGACACAUCGAUCCAACGCCUCCUCCACCAGACCUUUCCACUUCGUGCAAAAAUUAUCCAAGCCCUCACCAACCGAUCCGCCCUCUCCUACACGCAGACCAUUCAUCUCGGAACGCAACUCCAAGCCGCAUAUCGCAACAUCACAACCUUCUUCGCCUCCACAAUCAACACCCCUUCAGCAACAGAGAACUCCACCCCCAAGAAUAACACAACCCGCCAUCUCCACCCCGCCCCCUUCCACAAAACCUACCUCGACAUGACUCUCCGCCGCUGGCUCCUCAUCCUCCACACCCCAUUCAUGCUACAGUCCCCCAAGAACCCACAGUUCUACUUCUCGCGCAAGGUUUGCCUCAACACAGCGAUGACAAUAGCUCGCUACGCUCAACCCCUUAACCUCCCUUCUCCUCCUGAGGACGACCUCUCCCGGUUGUUGAUCACUGGCCGAAGUUGCCUGAAGGGACCACUAAGUUUAGAUAUCAUUUCCAUACUAGGGCUAGAAGUCACAUGGCAGAUUGAGGAGACUGCGGAUGACACGGGGGAUAUGACGAUGACAAGUAUGGACGAGUUUGCGGCUUCAUCACGAGCCCCGAUUCUGAAUGCUAUGCGACAUAUCCUGGCUCAGCUGUUCCAGGUCAUCGGGCUGGGAACGCCUAGUUCGAAGCGGUACAAUCUGCUGGCGGCGAUACUGGGACAGAUUCGGGCGAUGGAGACAGGGGACUGUGUGAAGAGGGUGGUUUAUGAGACUGUGAAAGAGAGUCUGGGCGAGUCGUUUUCUUUGUUGCAAGAGAAGGCCGCGCGGGGAUUGUGUUUGAAUGGGGAGGGUCAAGGCCUAUUUGUUCAGGGGCUGGGGCUGAGUGGUUUGGACUUCGAUUUGGUAUGUUUUCCUUCACUGUCUCCCCUCUCUCUUUAUCUACCUUCCUCAAGCAACGAACCCCCUGCCACUACCUUCAUAUAUCUGGAUCUAACCCGUUACCCGCAGCAUCAUCCAGACCUAGAAUCCACCGACCUCGACCUUGACCUUGACAUCCCCAGUAUCCUAGGGCUCUCCGACUGGCUAGAUCUCGAUAUGAACAUCCCUCCGCCUCAUAUAUAG